CUCACGUGUUACUUCAUAGGGCCGCAUCGUUCGCAAACGACCCAUCACUAGCAACAACGUGUUCGGUGUCAGCAUGUAGCAUCUCAUCAUCUCAUCUCUCUCAGGAAACCAGACGUGAUGUGCAUGGAUGUCUAUUUCAAGAACAGAGAACAAGCAGCUCACGCAACAUCUGACUGGCCAUACAGGAUUCACGAGACUUGAAUUCAUCUCUGUUUGAGAUGAACUGGAAUGCCAGUUUAUAACUCCAAGCAAGGAAUGGCAUCCUGCAGUCCUAGCUAUGCAAAUGAUUCCAGAUCAGCCGACCUCAGAUCACCAGCUGACUUCAGAUCACCUGGCCUGGCUAAAGAUGUCUAUACAGUCGUCCCUCCCAAUAUCGUGGUUCGAUUAUCACUCCCUUGCUAUAUCACGGAUGCCAUGAAUCAACCAGUCUUGUUGCCUCAUGAAGCACCGGAGCAGCCUUAAGCAGCAUUCUGCACUGUGGAUGGUCGUAGUGCACAAAAUUCUACUCAAAGACUGGCUGGAUUUAAAACCUGAAACAUUUUAAACCUCACCCAAUUUUCAUCUUGACUUUUGUAACCAUCUGGUCGUCUCCCCCAGCCAAGGACCGUCAAUGCUCAAUGCCAAUGCCUCCUUCAGCUCCAGGCAGGAGCUCCUUGACCUUCAUAACCUCCCCCUGAGUCCCUCUUUGGAAACGGCCAGCCCUGUGGACUUUCACACAGAGGGUCCGUUAAGCUCACGACUGCGGGAUAUCGGCGAUCCUAGUCGACCAUGCAUUUUCACUGGGGAUUCCACCCUUCCGGGGCAGCGCUAUGCGGCCCAACCCCCCACACAGAUUGGAUUAAAUGGGACCCCGGUAUGGGGUCAGCUAUGCGGCUGGGGUGCUCUAACACCCAAAGCUAUCCAAGUGUUCAACACCCCGCGCUGGGUGCUGUUCUUCCUGAGUGUGGCCUCAUUCCUCCAGGGCAUGAUCAUCAAUGGCUUCAUCAACACGGUGGUCACGUCCAUCGAGAGGCGCUUCGACCUGCGCAGCUACCAGAUGGGCCUCAUUGUCAGCUCCUAUGACAUUGCGGCGUGCGUCUGCCUCGCAUUCGUCAGCUACUUCGGCGGGACGGGACACAAGCCUCGCUGGCUCGGGUGGGGGGUGCUCCUUAUGGCGCUGGGCUCUCUGGUCUUCGCCUUGCCUCACUUCACCACUCCGCCCUACCAGGUCAGCAUGUCCAAGCAAGCGGAGAUGUGCUCUGCCAACCGGACCAGCCUGUGCCGGGACAGCGAGGGCGGGGGGCUGUCCAGUUAUCGUUUUGUGUUCAUGCUGGGACAGUUUCUGCAUGGCAUGGGUGCUACACCCCUCUACACUCUUGGAGUCACAUAUCUGGAUGAGAACGUCAAGUCCAACUACGGGCCUGUUUACAUCGGGAUUUUCUACACUGCAGCCAUUGUGGGUCCAGCAGCAGGUUAUCUUCUGGGGGGUUACUUCCUCAACAUGUACACAGAGAUCCACCUCACGACAGAGAUGACUCCAGAGACUCCGUUGUGGGUUGGUGCUUGGUGGAUCGGUUUCCUGGUGGGAGGAGCAGCAGCUCUGUUGGUGGCGUUUCCGAUCCUGGGCUACCCAAGACAGCUGCCAGGUUCUCAAGAGCACAAGGCCGUGCGGGUGUCUGAGGCCCACCAGCUAAAAGAUGGCAGUCACACCACAGCUUCUGACCCUCAGUUUGGCAAGUCUGUCAAAGACAUGCCGAGGUCUGUGUUGCUGCUCCUAAAGAAUCCCACCUUCUUGUGCUUGUGCUUGGCGGGGGCCACCGAAGCCACCCUCAUCAGUGGCAUGUCCACGUUUGGUCCAAAGUUCUUGGAGUCACAGUUCAGCAUCAGUGCAUCUGAAGCUGCUAUGUGGUUUGGCUUCAUGGUGGUACCUGCAGGAGGAGGGGGCACCUUCGUGGGCGGCUACAUUGUGAAGAGACUGAACCUCCGCUGUCGAGACAUCAUCCGUUUCUGUGGGGUCUGCGCUGUAGUCAGCGUGAUCGCCAUCUUCAUCUUUAUCAUCCACUGCCCCAACGUGCCCAUGGCUGGCAUCGAUGCUCCGUACAUGCCGUCUGUCAGUCAUUUGUAUGACCAGCCCAACCAUCUGGACGACACAGGAAACUGGAGCUCCUCAGUCCCGCAGAGCUUGACAGUGGGCUGCAAUGCCGGUUGCGGCUGCACCCAGGAGCUGUAUAACCCGGUGUGUGGUGCAGACGGCCUCAUGUAUUACUCCCCCUGCCACGCUGGCUGCAGAGCCGUCAACCACACAGAGCUGUCUACUGGCAAAAAGGUGUACUCCGGUUGCAGCUGUGUCGUGGCCAACACAUCCUUGCGACAUGGUGGAGUCGCCACGGCAGGAAAGUGCAGCAGCACCUGCAACCACAUGCCGGCCUUCCUCGCUUUCUGCUUCGUCGUCAUAUGCUUCACUUUCCUCUGUAGCAUCCCGGCGCUCACCGCCACCCUCAGGUGUGUGCCUGACAGUCAGAGAUCCUUCGGACUUGGCAUCCAGUGGAUUGUAGUGCGUACGUUUGGUGGCAUUCCAGGACCCAUUGCCUUUGGCUCCAUGAUCGACAUCUCCUGCUUACUGUGGCAGGAUCAGUGUGGAGAUCAGGGCUCCUGUUACCUCUACCAGAACUCAGCCAUGAGCCGCUACACACUUGUUGCGGGCAUCAUCUAUAAGGUUUUGGGCACCGUCUUCUUCUUGCUGGCCAGCAUCUUGUACCAGCCUCCUCCAGAGUCGCCUCAAAGCAGUUGUGAAAGCACCGACCCCGAAAGCGGCGACAAGAGCAACUUGCCUGUGAAAGACCUUCCCGCAGAUGGUGUCAUCGUCAACCCACAUGCCAGGUUAUGAUAUUGAAGAAAACUGCUGAGGUUUAAGUGACCGUUGUAUGAUGCCAUGGUGCUUCUUCUAUCUUGUAUACCUUCAGCCUUCUCUCAGCCAUAGGUAGAUUUCCAAAUGGGUGACAACUUAAAGGGAAAUUUUAAAGAAUGAGAUUUGCAUGAAUGCUGAAGAAUUCGGUCCUUUGCUUAUCUUAUGGGCUUUGCUGUAGGAAGGGCCCAGACUACAGUCGAGUUAAUGCUAGCAUGUGUCAACGUCCGCCACGAUUCCUGACCAAUCUUCGCCAACCUGCCAGAUUAGCAUUUAGUUCCAGAGACAUCUACACCAGAAUUUGCCCCAAAUACAGAAGUUCUGGUACCUUAGGAACAGAUAAAGUCACGGAAAGUAGCGAGUUCUGAAACAAACAAAGUCAAACAAACUUGACUUCUACACCAGAAUCUGUACCAAUUAGAGAAGUUCUGGUAGGAAUGUUGACUGUCCCUGAUGAAGUAACCAGAUUACAUUUGAGAUAGUACUGGCUUGUUUCCUGGUUUGCAAUAAUCCUUAACCAAUCUUCUCCAACUUCUCUGAUUAGCGUCAAGUUGGAGACUUUUAUACAAAAAUCUACCAAUUACAGCAGCCCUGGAAUGUUGACUAUUGUGUCCUACAUUUCUCAACCAACCUCUGUGCCCAUGCCCGCCACAGUCCUGAACCAACCUGUCAGAUUAUUAAUAGACUGUGAGAGAAGAAUUUGUGCCCAUUGGAACAGUUGUGGUGAGAAUGUUGACCUUAGGAAGUGACCAUAUUACAGUACAGUUUGUCCAGGUCUGUGUCUGUGUCCAUGUCCGCCACAGUCCUUAACUGGCCUUUUUUCAACCUACCAGAUGAGCCUCUAGGUCUAUGAACUUUCUACACCAAAAUUUGCACCAAUUGGAGAUCUUCUGAAUGUUGAUUGUCCCUUUUCCAACCUUUCAAAUAGAUUAGCAUUGACGAUGACAAAAAUUGUAAGAACAACAACACUACUCUACUGAUGGUAGUCAAGAUGACCUGUUGGUUUUAACAUCUUUCAACAGUUAAAUAUCCAUGAGUUCCUUUUGUCUAUGCCUCAGUGCCAGAAGAUAGCCUCACUUGCGUAACUGUUCCCCACAAAAAUAAAGCCAUGACUCCAUAAAUGAUGAACAAUAUCUGAAACUAAAUCACUCUCACAUCAAUUUAUGUAGUACUUGGAACUGGUAAACAUACAGGCAAUGCGAAAAGCACAUGUACUGUACAGUAUAUUUUUCGAAUUUGGAGACAUUUUCAAAGAGAUGCAAGGUCAGUGUUUACAUUGAAAACCAACAUUGUUUUAGAUGUUUUUUUGUUUCAAUUCUUGGGUUUGAUUGAAGAAUUGUUGAAGAAUUGUUUCUCCUUUAUUUCAUAGAAACGACACAAUUAGUAGCUGCACUUGAAUUUCAAGAAGAGAAGCACAGGUGAAGCGCAUACGUCAUGUCUGCUGAGGAGAUAAAUAUGAUUUUUGAGAGAACAGAAAAUGUUCUCAUAAUAUUCCAAUUUAUUUUUGCAAUAUUCUGAUAUUAGUCAAAUUAGUAAUUAUUUUUUACUUCUCAGACUUCUACAAGACUUUAUUCUUGUAAUAUUACAUAUUGUUUUCUUGAAAUAUUUUGACUUUACUUGGAAAUUAUUUUUAAGUCAUAAUUGUAUGACUUUUUCUAAUAUGAUUUUUUUCCUCAUCAUAUUAGGACUUCAUUCUGGUAAACUUAACUAUAACUUUAUUUCUCAUAAAUUACAACGUUUCCCGGGUAAAAUAAAAAAUAUUGUCAUAUUCUGACUUCAUUCUUGUCAUAUAAAUAAAUGUGGUCAUGAUUUUUCGAAAAUGUCUUUUUUUGUCAUAACAUUCUGACUUUAAUCAGAGUAAAAUUCCAAGUGGUCUUCUUCACAGUUUUAGGACUUUAUUCUCUGAAAAUUCCUCAUAAUAUUAAAAUUUCAAAAAAAAAUAAAAAUAAAUAAUGAAAAUGACUGUAUUCUGGUAAAAUGACUCCCGUCAGUUUUUCCUCAUAAUAUUCUGAAUUAAUUACAGAAUUAUUAUUGUGACUUUUCUCGUAAAUUACAGCAUUUUUCUGAUAAAAAUAAUUUUUUGGUGAUAAUUUUUUAAUUGAAUUCUUGUAAUAAUGCACCUUUUUUUUCAUAAUCCUAGUCUAGUAAAAUAAGUUGAUUAUUUUUAUGUUUAUGUUGAGAUAAUUCAGUCACAGUUGACUAUACAAAGGUGCCAAAGCGGCUUCCUGCUUUCUCGCUGCCUUUCAUGUGCAAAUAGUUGGUGUAGAAAAUAAUAAUUUAUAAUUACUCCAUUAGACAUGAUUUCUGGAUGUAAAGGAAUACUUCCAUAUGUUAUUGUUGUUAUGGUGGACUGAGUGUACUUUAGCUAGCUGUGCUUGUUUUUGUUUUUUGGUACUACGUACUGUGUUUUUUUUUUAAGGGAAGCUGGAGCUUAAUUGUACUAUUUUUUUAUGGGCUGAUUCAAAGAUGUCAAGCAUUUUAUAAAUAAAACAGCUUCACAUCCAA